GAGUGCCUCAUUCUCUCGUUGAGCAGCAGACGAAAGUUUCUUUUCUCAAAUUUACUCUCUCACCAAACAAUCAUGUCAGGACGUGGCAAAGGAGGAAAAUCCAAGGCUAAGGCCAAGAGCCGUUCUUCCCGUGCUGGACUUCAGUUCCCAGUCGGCCGUGUCCACAGACUUCUCCGCAAUGGCAAUUUUGCCGAGCGUGUUGGAGCUGGUGCGCCAGUUUAUCUGGCUGCCGUGAUGGAGUACCUCGCUGCAGAAAUCUUGGAGUUGGCGGGUAAUGCUGCAAGAGACAACAAGAAGACCCGUAUCAACCCACGCCACUUGCAGUUGGCCAUUCGCAACGAUGAGGAGUUGAACCGCCUCCUGUCCCAUGUUACAAUUGCGCAGGGUGGUGUUCUUCCCAACAUCCAGGCUGUUCUUCUUCCCAAGAAGACAGCCGUGAAGGCCGCCAAGGGCAAGAGCAGCCAGAGUCUCGAGUAUUGAACGACGAAUUAACACCACGUCCGUCUUCUUUCACCCGGCUUUUUUCAAAGCCACCACAUUUCUCAAAGAGAAACUGUCUUUUCCCGUUUCGGGGUCGUUUCUUGCUUUCGUGUCGGUUGUGCUGCUGACACAUUUGAGUUGAUACCGGUAUGUUAUGCUUUUCAAUGUUCUGAACUCGGCCCAAUUAGCUCUAUGGCAUCAUAAAAAUUACGCUCAGUCCU